AUGAAGACUUAUCGACAUUGCCUCUUGCCAAUGAUGCUGUUCGGAUUCGCUCUGUUGGGAGCCUUCGUUGAUGGAGGACGACCACCACGACCAUCAAGAAGAGGUGCCGAUAGCAAUGAUGAUUUUCUGACCGGCACGAAAGAAAGCAGUCGAGCAUUGGAAAAUGUUCAAGACCCAGGACCUUUUCGGAUUGGAGAUGAGAUAGCCAUUACAAUAUCCACAGAUCCUGAAAUCAGUCAAAUUCAACCAGAAACAUCAACAACAAUUCUGAAGAACAAGAAGAGACAACAAGUUGAGCAUACCUACACUCUGCACCACACAGGAGCGACGUACAUUGCUCUCCACUUCGCGUCCAUGGACAUGGAAGGUGAAUGCCAAUUACGGGUGACGGAUGGAAGUGGAAGACAAGCGUACACUAUGCAUGGAAAUGACAAGCAUGGAUUAACUUCCUUCUGGGCUCGGCACGUCGCUGGUGAUACGGCAGCCAUGUCUGUUAUUUGCAACCAAGAUAAAGAGGAUACUGGCAAUUUUCUCAUUGACAAAUACGCAGCUGGAUUCCGAUCGUUGGCUGCUGCUGCCAUUCCAGGAGGUGCUGGUGCCAGAAACCUUCGUGGGCUGGACGGGAGCGACCAGUUUACCGUUUGUGGCAUUGAUGAUCUCCGCAAUUCACAAUGCUAUUUGAAUUCUCAUCCUACGGAAUACAAAUCGUCGCGGGCAGUUGCCAAAAUUAUUACUCAGGGUACCGGCGCUUGCACUGGAUGGCUAUUGGGAAACGACAACGUAAUUGUCACAAAUGCUCAUUGCAUCAGGGCGAAUGAGACUGCAGUCAAUGCAGAUUAUGUGUUCAAUUUUGAAGUGCAGAAUGGAGGUGGGGAUUGCUCGCAAAACACACCAGGAACAGAGUCUGUCCCGCUUACCUAUCAGGAUGUCUAUGAUGCAGAAUCGAUGAUUACGUUCAGCCGACUCCACGACUACGUUUUGAUCAAGCUCAUAGAUAAACCAAGUGCCCCAUUGAAAAGAUACGGCUUUCUGGAAACCGAGUCACGGACAAUUACUGCGGGGGAAGAGAUUUAUGUGCCGCAGCAUCCUUUUGGAAAUGACAAGGCUCUUGCCGUCUUUGAUUCCGAAUACGGGGUUGGACAACGAUGUCGGACGGAGGAAUCUCAAGUUGCUUGCUAUGGUUACAGGGGCGACGUGCCCUAUCGAGACCUACGAUACACUUGUGACACGGAAUCAGGAUCCUCCGGUGCGCCGGUUAUUUCGGUCGAAACCAACAAGGUUGUCGCCCUUCAUCACUGUGGUGAACUCUUCAAGUGUAACGGGAACGAAGGGGUUCCAUCGACCUUUCUUCAUCAAGUAUUUCAGGAUGAGCUCGGUGACGGUUCGUUGCCACCCGCGCCUCUCACGUCAAUGCAAUGUGCUCCAGGCCAACUUUUGAUGCUGUUGGAACUACAAACCGACUUUUUUGGAUACGAGACAACCUGGGAGUUGCGAGACAGUGCCAACACUCUGUUGGCAGAGGGAGGGAAGAAUCAGUAUUACCGAUCCAAUGAAUUAUAUUCCUUCCAGAUUUGCCUUUCAUCAUCCGAUGUGUACACUUUGACUAUUGAAGAUUCGUACCAAGAUGGAAUGUGUUGUCAACACAAGAUUGGAUUCUACAAUGUGUUUUUCGGUGAUCAAUUGGUGGCCACGGGAGGAGAUUUUGGUUCCAGCGUCACUAUUGAAGUGGACAAUUCUUCCCAAUCGAGUCAGACUUCUGGACCGACGAGUGGACCAACUAGCGGACCAACAUCGGCUCCCACGUCUGGCCCAACAUCUGGCCCUACGAGUGGACCAACAUUUGGUCCAACCUCUGUUCCAACAUUUGGUCCUACUUCUGAUCCCACGGCCUCGCCUACCUCCGGGCCUUCUUCGUCGUCUCCCACACCUGGUCCUACCUUUGGCCCAACAUCUGGUCCAACUUCCCCACCUACUCGUGUGAUAACAUCGGGUCCUACGAGUGGUCCGACAUUAGUCCCCACCUCAUUCCCAACAUCUGGCCCGACCAAUUUGCCAACUACUGCUCCUACAAGUGGGCCAACAUCUGGUCCUACUUUUGAACCAACAUCUGGACCAACAUCUGGACCAACGACUGGACCUACCAGUGGCCCUUCCCAUAGACCAACAAACAGUCCAAGCUCUAGACCAACUUCUGGCCCAACAAGUGCGCCAACCCAGUCACAGACGUCUGUUUCCACAAAGCAAACGGAAGGAAACGGUGAUCCACAUUUCAAGACAUGGAAGAACGAACACUUUGAAUUCCAUGGACAGUGUGACAUUGUCAUGGUUUCCAACAAGGACUUUUGCGAUGGUCGUGGUAUUGAUAUUCACAUCCGUACCAAGAUUGUUCGAUUUUGGAGUUACAUUGAGAAUGUUGUGAUCCGAAUCGGAAAUGACAUUCUGGAGGUAACGGGAUCUUCUUCUCAGAAGGAAGACGGCAAGAGUAACUAUUGGAUCAACUACGAAGGCAUGGGCGACUUGGAGGAUCUAUCUGGUUUCCCCGUAUCGAUCAGCGCCAGCACUGACAAGUACACGAUUGAUCUUGGCAGUCAUUAUCCUGGGGAAAAGAUCGAGAUCAGGACAUUCAAAGAGUUUGUCGGAGUGAAGAUCAUUGGAGCAACCGAGUCAUCCUUUGGUACUUCUGUUGGUAUCACUGGUGACUUUAUCACGGGCAACACCUAUGCUCGUGAUGGAAAGACUGUAUUGAACGACUUUACCGAACUAGGAAACGAAUGGCAAGUUUCGCCAUCGGAUGGUAGAUUCUUCCACGAGGUAGCCCGAAGACCCCAGUUCCCGGAGAAGUGUUGGCUCCCAGAAGAUCCUCGUGGUGAUCGCAGACGUCGUUUGGAAGAGUCCAACAUUACAGAAGAUCAAGCGGAAGCCGCUUGCGCUGGACUCGAUGACGAAUUCAGCCGCAAGGGCUGUGUGUACGAUGUUCUAGCCACUCAAGACUUGGAUAUGGUUGGCGCAUACCAAUCAUAG